UGAGGAAACGGAAUACAACUCAACGGUCAAAAGGUUUCCUCGUUUUCAAGUAACAUCAUUCAACAUUCGACGAACUUCAUCUUUCGCGAUCGACAAGUAAACUUUUGUCUCUACUUUCAUCAACUACAAAUAAAGGUUUCAGCGCAAAAACUCCUGAAUAAUCACGAUCUUUUAAUGAAAUCGAACAUCUUCGUUCGUCCAACGAUCAUCGUCCAGCUCCAAUCAUUUCUAAUCCGUGAAUAAUCUUCAUUAGCAUCCCAUCGCUGACACGUGCUGUUAUUGUCGUUGACAGUUGUCAUCCACUAUCAUCGGAACAUGUGCUUCGUGUGAUGCCUGUCGCACAGAGAUUCUCGUUUCCAAGAUCUCGUACGAGCUGCGUGUAACUUUAGCAGUAUGUCCAUGUUUAUGCUCAUCGUGUCAAGAAUACGGGGCACUUUGUGAGAGCCGAAUCCACUCGUAGUUCAAUAUAAUAAUUGAAAGGAUCGCAAAACACGCACUGGAGCGCGAGGAUGCAGGACGACGCGUGUCAGGGCGAAUUUUAUACUGCAGCCGCGAAAUACUGGGAUCAUAUUCCACCCACGGUGGACGGGAUGCUAGGUGGCUUCGGAUUUAUCUCGCAGACUGACAUAAAGGGUUCCACGGUUUUUCUCAAAUCCCUUUUCGAGUUAAACAAUGCACCCGGCAAAACGUUCGCCUUGGACUGCGGCGCGGGUAUCGGCAGGAUUACCAAAAAUUUGCUGAUCAAACACUUCAAACACGUGGAUCUGGUUGAACAGAAUCCAAAGUUUCUGGAGGUAGCAAAGAUAUCUUUGGAAAACCAUUCCUCGAGGAUUGGACAAUAUUAUCCUAUCGGCUUGCAAAAUUUCUGCCCUACGGCGAGUAAGUACGACAUUAUAUGGUGUCAGUGGGUGUUAGGACAUCUGCAGGACGACCAUUUGAUCGAAUUUUUCAAGAAAUGCAUAUUGGGCUUGAAAGACAAUGGGAUACUUGUAGUGAAGGAAAAUAUUACUAGCUCAAAUAAUUUGGAAAUUGAUAAGGAGGAUUCUUCUGUAACUAGAUCGCUGAAUGGCUUGAAAUCCUUGUUCGAGAAAGCCGAUCUCACUUGUAUCAAGGAACAACAGCAGACAAAAUUCCCCCGCAGUUUGUAUCCAGUUUAUAUGUUUGCUCUUAGACCGACAAAUUGUUGCGAUCAUUUAAUCAGCGACGCAUAAUAUAUAAAUUAAGUGUA